AUGUCAAUUUCAGAAGAACUCGCCAGGAGGCUGAGAAUCACUGCAGAUGAGGCUGACGAUGAUAUACUAGUCAUUGGCAUUGACUUUGGCACAACCUUUUCUGGUGUUGCCUGGGCCACUUUCGCCGAUUUUGAGAGUGAUCAAAUUAACCUAAUUACCACCUGGCCUGGUACCGGCAGGGAAGAGGGUAAAGUCCCGACUGAGCUUUUCUACGAGGAUGAUGAGAUGAUGUGGGGCUACGAGAUACCAGUGGACGGUGAUCCUAUCCGUUGGUUCAAGCUCCUCUUGCUAAAAGAAGAAGAUCUUGCUGAGGAGCUCCGCUCCUCUGAGUUCAUUCUCAGGGGCCGUAAGAUGCUGAAAGAAAACAACAAGACGGCAACUGAGUUGAUCGCCGACUACUUUCGAGCCCUCAGUACAUACUGCCUUGAGCAAAUCAAAAAAUCUCGCGGAGACUCGGUAGUGGAUGCCCUGAGAUUCCACAUUGUCAUCACCAUUCCCGCCAUCUGGAAAGGAUAUGCCAGACGGGGAAUGGAAGAAGCAGCAAGAAAGUCUGGUAUACUCGGACGACGGCCUGCUGGAGAAACAACUCUGAGCUUCGCGCCAGAACCCGAAGCGGCUGCUUUGUCAACCCUUUCUGAACCUGGUCGUAAAUCUCAACAAGGCGAUGUCUACAUGAUAUGCGAUGCUGGUGGUGGUACUAUCGACCUUAUAACCUAUGAAGUCAAUUCACUCGAUCCGAUCAAGAUGGGCGAAGCUGUCGAAGGCACCGGCGGUCUUUAUGGAGGCAUCUUCAUCGAUGAAGCUUUCGAAGCCAUGUGCAAAGCUCGACUUGGUAGAAGAUGGGACCGUUUAAGUAAGGCAGGCAUCAAGGAGAUCAUGAAAGGUGAAUGGGAACAUGCUAUCAAGCCUCAGUUCAGGCCCGGCAACAACGCGAAGGAAUACAUUGUUGGGAUUCCGGCGGAAGCGUUCGGAAAGGCUAACCUAGACGACGAAAGCCGUGAGCCGAUCAUCAAGAAGGGGCGCAUUCAUUUCAAGAGUUCGAAUAUACAACAAGCAUUCGCCUCCUCAUUUGCUGGUAUCGAUCGUCUUGUAGACGAGCAGAUCCGUAAGGCAGCACAGAAGGGAUUGCCUAUGACGGGAAUCAUACUGGUUGGAGGGUUGGGUGCUAGUCCCUACCUUUACGACCAUCUGAAGGCAAAGUAUGCAAACGCCCAGAUUAGCGUGCUACAAUCAGGUGGCAUGAAACCUCGGACUGCGAUCUGUCGUGGCGCAGUCUUCAAGGGUUUCCUCGAUGGUGUAUCCAACGGGGAUCUCAGUACACCAAACGGUGGUAUCUUGGAACCAAGGAUCAUGAUCUCGUCGACAGUGUCAAGAGCGAGCUUUGGGAUGACGUUCAGUGCCGUGUUCGAUGCUGCGGAGCACCUCGAAGAAGACAAAAUGUGGUGUGACAAGGAGCUCGUCUGGAACGCGAAGAAUCAGAUGAGUUGGUAUCUCAAAAGGGGUGAAAAUGUCUCCAAAAAGGAUGCAGUCCGUCACGAAUUCUACCAAGUUUAUGAAAAAGACCCCGGGCGCAAGUUUUCAAUCGCAUUCCUCCAAUGCGACGAGGUUGUAGCACCAGAUCGGCGCAUAGCAAGUGUGGUACCACUCUGCGAGUUGAAUUGCAUCAUCAACAAGUCUUUUUCGGAAUAUGAAGAUUACGUCAACCCCAAAGGCGUUAGAAUGAAAAGAUUCAGUUACGAAGUCGAAAUGGUGCCUUCCGGAGCAACCGUGGAAUUCGCUGUGUACCACGAUGGAAAGAAACUGGGGACGCAGAACACGAAUGUGAAAUUCCAAUGA